GUAACAACAACUAUUUUUAUUUAAUUAGAUCUAGAUGCGAAAGAACGCUUAUUCCGCGCUACGAAGGAAAAAGAGAAAGGGAACGAGGCAUUCAAAGCUCAAGCUUAUGACGAAGCAGUUGUUUACUACACCAAUAGUCUGAAAUACGAACCUACAGCUGCAAGUUACAAUAACCGCGCUGCCGCAGGUGAGAGAUUCACAGUUUAGAACUGAUAGAGCUAUCCAGUAUAAAUAAAGUUAGUUUAGUUUAGGUUUCCUCCUGUAGUAACACUGGAUCAAUAAGAAAUGAUCCUUACUGGACCUCUAGGAAGAACAGUUUAGAAUUGAUAGAGCUAUCCAGUAUAAAUAAUGUUAGUUUAGUUUAGGUUUCCUCCUCAGUAACACUGAAUCAAUAAGAGAUGAUCCUUACUGGACCUCUAGGAAGAACAGUUUAGAAUUGAUAGAGCUAUCCAGUAUAAAUAAAGUUAGUUUAGUUUAGGUUUCCUCCUGUAGUAACACUGGAUCAAUAAGAAAUGAUCCUUACUGGACCUCUAGGAAGAACAGUUUAGAACUGAUAGAGCUAUCCAGUAUCAAUAAAGUUAGUUUAGUUUAGGUUUCCUCCUGUAGUAACACUAGAUCAAUAAGAGAUGAUCCUUACUGGACCUCUAGGAAGAACAGUUUAGAACUGAUAGAGCUAUCCAGUAUAAAUAAAGUUAGUUUAGUUUAGGUUUCCUCCUGUAGUAACACUGGAUCAAUAAGAGAUGAUCCUUACUGGACCUCUAGGAAGAACAGUUUAGAAUUGAUAGAGCUAUCCAGUAUAAAUAAAGUUAGUUUAGUUUAGGUUUCCUCCUGUAGUAACACUGGAUCAAUAAGAGAUGACCCUUACUGGACCUCUAGGAAGAACAGUUUAGAACUGAUAGAGCUAUCCAGUAUAAAUAAAGUUAGUUUAGUUUAGGUUUCGUCCUGUAGUAACACUGGAUCAAUAUAACGAGAUUUAAAAAACUGUUUGUAGCACGAGAUUUAAAAGCUUUAAUCGUAUUUUGAGUUAAUGGAUGAAAAAUGUGUCGGGUGUUUAGAACUGAUAGAACUAUCCAGUAUAAAUAAAGUUUGCUUUGUAACAAUUAACUUAUUUACAUUUUCUGUUUAGAAUUGAAACUUGAAAAAUACACUGAAGCCAUUGAAGACUGUAACAAAGUUCUUGAUUUGGAACCAAAUAAUAUAAAAGGUACCUAACCGGCCCUCUCUUCUCUGAUAUUGUCUGUGUGACUUUCAGCAUGAUAACUCAAAACAUCAAACGUACUAUUACGAAAAUUAAUGGGACUAAUCACUAAUGGGCAAUUCCCAAGGACAAAUUUACGUCACAUAUGAAUAACGACUGAUCAAAGAAUGUAAGGUACAGUUAAAUAUCAUGAAAUAAAAAGGCUAAAUGAUGUUUUACAUAUAGGCAUGUCAUCCUCCCACAACUCCAAACUUAUUCUAGUUAAAAAUAUUAUUGCCCAGCAAAUAACUCGUAAAAGAGGCAUAUUCAGAAAAAACAUUUGGAAUAUAAAAAAUAUUUAUUGAGUAACGUUUCGUCACAUUACAAGCGACAUCAUCAGACUAAAUACAGUUAAGCUAUUUCAUCUAUUUUAUUACAAAUUUUUAGUGAAUACGAUAUACAAGCUUUUAACUUACUUUUACUUACUAUUUGCAUACCAAACAAACUGAAAUAUCUCGGAAACAAAGUGAGCAAACAAAAAUCUUCAAGAUAAGUUGUUAUAUCAUUUCAGGUUCGGGUUCGGCGAGAGAAGGUAUGCAUUCUCGAGUGCUAUUAUUUUUAUUAUUUUUUCAACAGCAUUCUUACGACGUGGUAUGGGUUAUAAGGCGUUAAAACAAUACGAACUGGCCAUGGAAAAUUUCAAAUCGAUGUUAAAGAUAGACCCAAAUAAUAAGCGAGCCAAGGUACUGUUACAGUUUUAAUAAAAAAUUCUGAAAUGUUUGUAACUCGGGUAAUGAGUUGACUCGUCCUUGCCAUUUAAUAAAUGCCUUUUGUUAUUUUAGGAAUUGUUAUCAGAUAUAGAACUUUCAAAGAGGUUAGCUAUUUUAUUUUUUGACGUUGAAAUAAACUGUCGUCCAUAUAUUAACUGAAUUUACUUAUACUGGAUAACUUUAUCAGUGAACUGUUCUCCCUAGAGGUCCAGUAAGGAUCAUCUCUUAUUGAUUCAGUGUUACUGCAGGAGGAAACCUAAACUAAACUAACUUUAUUUAUACUGGAUAGCUCUACCAGUUCUAAACUGUUCUUCUUAGAGGUCCAGUAAGGAUCAUCUCUUAUUGAUUCAGUGUUACUGCAGGAGGUAACCUAAACUAAACUAACUUUAUUUAUACUGGAUAGCUCUACCAGUUCUAAACUGUUCUUCCUAGAGGUCCAACAAGGAUCAUCUGUUAUUGAUCCAGUGUUACUGCAGGAGGAAACCUAAACUAAACUAACUUUAUUUAUACUGGAUAACUCUAUCAGUUCUAAACUGUUCCCCCUAGAGGUCCAGUAAGGGUCAUCUCUUAUUCAUCCAGUGUUACUACAGGAGGAAACCUAAACUAAACUAACUUUAUUUAUACUGGAUAUUCUCUAUCAGUUCUAAACUGUUCUUCCUGGAGAUCCAUUACAGUCAGAGUCUUCUCCUAUUGAUCCAGUGUUACUACAGGAGGAAACCUAUGUUCUCUCAGUUAUCCAGUGAGAGCUUUUCCCUUUUAUUUUGAAGCGCUUCUUUUUGUUUAUACUUGACAUUCAAUAAAUUUUCAUGAUACAUUAUUUUAGGGUAAGCGAGAUAACCAAACCGGAAGUAAAAAGUGUCGAACCAGAUAAUGGCAUCAUACAUAAAGCCGGAAGUGGCGACAACGCGGGCGCAAAAACGAAGAGAAAAGGUCAGCGGUUAAAGAUAGUAGAAAUUGAGAACGGCGAUGACGUCACGGGAAAUAAUGGUAUUGAGCCGUCAGCGUUGGGGCCUGGUAACCACCAAAAUAAUGAGAAUGGUCAACCUCUUGAAAAUGGUUUAUCCGAUCAAGUUGGAAAAAGUAGCUCGGAAACUAGUAAGGGGAUAUUAGAGGACAGUCAGGUGAUAAAUAGUGUUAAACAUGAACAAGAAGGGAUGCCAAUGGAUAAUAUGGUGAAUAGUGAGACUUUGGUAAGUAAGUGAUGUGAUAAAAUAUAGGUGAUAUAAAAGUUAUUUGCUGGGCUGUUUUAAUAAUUUCAAAGCAGUUUCUGCUGGGGAGUUAAUAAUAGCUGUCCCCAAUAGCUGGGCAUCCGUAAUAAAGGAUAUAUAAUGUUGAUAUAUCUCUAGAGUCAGUAAAGAGUGAUCAGGGUGCGACUCGGUCAUUUUAGAGUAGUUUGAUAUGGUCAUGGAUAAUAAAAUAAAUGGAUAGGACUCUAGCUGACGUAAGCAAAAACAACCUAGUUGCAAUCUGUGACGUCACACGUAUUGCAAAGUUCUCGGCAUUUUUGUGUUGUUUCGCUAUACUUUCUGCAUUAAAAGAGUAAUAUUGAAGCAUAAACUGGUCUAAUUAUUUUAAAAACAUGCCUAAGCCACGACAAAGUAUUCAAGGUAAGUGUUUUUCGUCUUUGCAACUUUGUUUUGCAUUUUUUUACAUUUGUAGCUACGAAAUUGGCGUCCCCAAUUUUAACGAAAUUUGGGAUGCAUUUUUCACUGUUUAGUGCUUGAAAUAUUUGCUAAAAUUGACUGGGAAUACUUAGAGAUUUCAUCGUAGAAUGGCGUAGUUCUAUUCAUUUGCUCGUUGACUAAAAUGUUUAGCUGUAUUAUUGGUAAACAUGCCGUUUUUGAGAAUGUGGUUUGCAACUAGGUUUCAACAUCCAAUCACGCCAUCAGCGCAUUGAAAACAUUACGUCACGUCAGCUAGUUUCCUAUCCAUUUAUUUUAUUAUCCAUGAUAUGGUUAACCCAACUCCUGACGUCAUCAAAACCAUAGUUAAUGAGGUCAAGAAUUAGUCCAGGAUGGCGGGCAGCUCAUUAAUUUCGCUCUAAAUAUUUCGAGAACUAAGCAAGAUAUGACAAAUCGGUAACAGAGUUUAAUAUGAAAUUUUAAGAGUUCUUCUGAAUGGGACAAACUAUUUUUUAUUGCCAAUGUCUUUCAGUUAAAACAUAGUUGAAACAUUCAUCAGACCUUUAUUUUGUUAAUCUAGAGUUUGAAAUGUCCCUGUAACAAUUCGUGACUAAAACUUUCUUUUGACCGGGUGCUUUUGUGAGACCAUGGAUAAUAAAAUAAAUGGAUAGGAAACUAGCUGACGUGACCUAAUGUUUUUACUGUGAUUGAUGGCGUGGUUGGAUGCCUCAACCUAGUUGAAAAUCAAAUUCUCAAAAACAGCAUGUUUAGUAAUAAUACAGCUAAACAUUUUAGUCAAAGAGCAAAUAAAUAUAACCAUGCCAUUCUACGAUGAAAACUCUAAGUAUUCCCAGUCAAUUUUAGCAAAUAUUUCAAGCACUAAACAGUGAAAAAUACAUCGCAAAUUUCGUUAAAAUUUGUGACGCCAAUUUCGUAGCUACAAAUGUAAAAAAAUACAAAACAAAGACGAAAAACAUUUACCUUGAAUACUUUGUCGUGGCUUAGGCACGUUUUUAAAACAAUUAGACCAGUUUACGCUUCAAGAUCACCCUUUUAAAGUGGAAAAUAUAGCAAAACAACAAAUAUGCCGAGAACUUUGGUAACAUUCGCAAUACGCGUGACGUCACGUUUUUCAACAAGGAUGCAGUCAAUGACGUCAGAAGUUUCCAAUCCAUUUAUUUUAUUAUCCAUGGUGAGACCAAUUUAUUCACAGUAUUGUAUUUUUUUAUUACGAAACAGGAUAAUAGUAAUCUCGGAGGUGUGAAUAAGUCUGGUACGGAAAAUGGCGUAGACCGUUGCUUGGCAACAGAAUCGGGAGCCGAAUUGAAGGAGUCUGGGGCGGACAAUGACGUCGGACGUUGCAUAGCAACAGAAUCGAAAGCUGGAUUUAAAAAUGAGCCUGGUCAAUCGAGCAGUGAGCCUCGGGAUAGUUCGAGUGUCGCUGAGGAUGAACGUUUAAAAAAGCCAGAACCAGCGCAGAAUGAAAAAGAAACCAUUUUGGAAAUCCCAGAGAAUGUGAAAAAUUUCAUGAAGGAAGGAAAUAAUCUCUACAAAAUGGGACAUCAUUCUGAAGCGUUGGAAAAAUAUAGUACAUGUGUGAAAUAUCUCUGGUCAGGUAGGAGUCUAUAGUAAUUAGCAGUUCGCUUUUAAAUUUCGCCUCUUAAUAGACAAUUCCCAUUAUAGACUAAUUUUAAAACUAGGCAAGGAGAUGCAAAUAAAUCAGCUAGAAAGGGCAUACUAAAAUUAGUACAAUUGCAACGUUUGGUUGCGAAAUGUUGUAAAAUGCGGUAAAUAUAGCCUUGCAAAUUUUGCAAAUUGUGUGUAUUUUUGUAUUGCGUGCGGAAAUUGUUACCAUGGCCCAAAUGUGGUAGCAAUUUCCGCACGCAAUACAAAAGUAUACAAAAUUUGUGAACUUCACAGGGCUAUAUUUUCCUCAUUUUACAACAUUUCGCAACCAAACUUUGCAAUUUUUCUCAUUUUAAGAUGCUCUUUCCAGCUGUGGUAAUGGAUUUCGUUCUUAAAUCUUGUCUAGCUCAAAGUUUCGUCUACAGCUGGAUUCAUCCAUGAUUAUAGUAUCCGUUGCCUGCUGUCAAAUUAGGAAAAGUUAGCUUCCCGGUCUUACAAAAAUAAGCCAACGGCUGUUUGUGCCACGAUCGAGCUCUACAGUCGGUUACUCUGUUUAGUACUUGAAAUAUUAAUUCUGUUCUUCCUCCAUUCUAAGCUUUCAAACAAAGUUAUUUUUCCUCAACCUGGUUUCUAUACGUUAUAGCCUGGUUAUUUUCGAAAACGACGUAGUAUUUCGUAAAACUGAUUUAGUUAUUUUGCCGUCUUAAAUCUCGAAGUUACCUUGUUGAAGAAUGAAAAUAUAUAGUGGCUGACACAUUAUAACAGUGGCGACAUUUUCAACAUGUAUGCCAAACAGGACUAAGUUCUGUGAAUCUUUCAGAGGGUCACUUGAUGAAAUGAAUAAAGAGUCCGGUGUUAUGCCAUUGACUAACAUUCAUAGACGAAUUUUCAUAUUUAUUACUGGGGUGGUGCCAGAAAUUUUAUGGGGGUGAGCCGUGAGCAGGUGACUGAAGCGACACAAAGUGUCACCAAACCCCAGUAAGGUCUAUAUUCUAGAAGUGGAGCACUAGAGCCGCGAGGGGGAGUCUAGAGAGCAGAAAACAAAGUAUCCCAGGAAAAAAUUGAAAAAAUCAUGAUUUCUAGCUUCGAAAAAAAGUUUUUUGAAGUUGUCAAUUUGUCAUAUAAAUGAAUUUGGCAUGUCCGAUUGUCUGUUAAGACUUGAGAGAGUUAAAGACUUACUGUAAAGUUAAAUGAACCUAUAAAAGUGUAAACCCAAUAGGCCAAUACACAAUAUGCUUUUACUUUUAUAAAGUCCUUGACAUUGUGUUGUUUGAAUACAAUUUAUGAUGAAACUCCGACGUAAAUAAUAUUUGGGGCGUAAAAAUUAAAUCUAGGCAAGUCUAUUUCCUAAAAGAAUUAAAAACUAAAAAUAGUGUUCGUAAAAAUUCCUAACGUUCCUUGCGUGCAAGGCACUGCAAACUCUAUUCAGGGGAGAUCAUAGAGUUUCAAAACUUUACAAUUGCUCCAAUAAACCAGUGAAUGCAAGCGAGGAGCGAUUAGUUUCAGAGUGUUGCACUGUCUUUUUCUGUUUGAGUGUACUCCUACGUUUAUUUUGCAUCAUGAACACUCUGCACGUUGGAGUGGACUAUUUAAUUAUUUAUUAUGCCGAAUAUUGGGGGGUUUGGAAUUUUUUUUUGGAGGGGUGAACAUUUUGUUUGGGGGGUUAUAGCUAAUAUUGGAGGGGUAGCACCCCCCCCCCAGAAAAUCCGUCUAUGCUAACAUUAGAUAGUUUUUCUAAGAUAGUCGUGCGAUUAAGCAUUUCUGGUACAGUCUAAUGAACUACCUUCUUCUCUAUAGGGAAUCAGAAUUGAAAAAUUUUUUCCUGUAUAUAUUAUUAAAUAAGUAACAGUAAACACCCUAUAACAAAUGAUAUGCCAACAGAAUAGUAAUGUGUAUUUUGGAACGGUUAUAUAAUAAAAAUUACAAGAUUGUUUCGCGUUCAAUAUUCUCUUCAACUUCGCCAAUUAUACGUCGUCAUUGUCAGACCUGGCUCGAACACUUUCAGAAUCUUGAUAUUUUCCGUAUAUUUUUCGUAUAAGAACCGUAGCAGGGGGUGGAUGUAUUAUCACAAUCGGCAGUUCGUCAUCAUUGUCAGAUGGAUUUAAGUCAGACCUGGCUUGCACAUUCUCGUCAACUGAUGUGUCAAUAUCAUUUUGUAUUACCAGAACUCCGGCUAGUUCAGGAUCUUCAACGUUAUCAGGUGAGCUUAAGUCAGAGCUGGCUUGAACAUGUUCAGAAUCUUGAAUAUUUUCGUUAAAUGUUCUGCCAUCGUUAUCCAUUAUCAAAACCGUUCGAACACGUUCUGAGUUUUCACCAACUAAUUCUUCCACCAUGUAUUUCACAUUCAAUUUCAUCUUUUCCUCCCAUGCUUUUUUUCUUUCUUCGCUUGUUUUCGACGCUACCAUAUUGAAUAUGUGCGGCAUGACACCGAGACUCGCAGUUGUCACAACUUGAACUACGCCAGUAACAUUGAAUUCAUUUAGCAUAUUGAUUAGCUGCAAAAUACCAAAUGAGAAUACAAAUGAACAAAAUAUUUUCAAUCCAAGAUAAAAUAAGUUCGUAUGGUACGGUAACAAUUUUUCUCUGAUUUUAUCAUAAAGUUCUUUGGACACCACAGGUAAUACAUUUUCCUCGCGUUUAGGAUGUCUAUUUGGUAUGCAACCAUUAUUGACUUGCUGUUUGUCACGACAUGCUUCGUAAAUUAGCCGUUUUAAUACGCAGUAUUUCUCUUCCAUGGUCUUCCAAUAACUGCAACAGUAGAAUGUUAGGACAGAGAAAAAUGCGAAAUAGGGAAUGAAGUAAAUAAGAUUUAGAAACAAUCCUAAAAGGGAAGACUGUAUCGAGUUUACCAUUAUCAACGAAAUCUGACUGAGAAAUAAUACAAAGAAAAGCAUGUGAAACAAACUCCAGAAUAUUGUACCGCAAGUCUCCUUCUUAUAUGAGUAUAAUAUGACUCUUGCGCGGAAGGCAUAAUGACUAAAUGAUAGAUAUAAGAGAAGGCAAGAUAGAAUACAAAGAACAAGAAAACAAAUUAAUGGUGCAAGUACAUAACACGUACAUAGUGCGAACAUUUUGAUAAUACGAUUUCUGAUCUGUUUAUCUACACAUGUGGUAAAAAUUGUAAACCACUUUGUUGUUAUUUCUCUCCAAAGAUUUAUGUUAAAUGGUAAAGUUAAUAAUUUAAUAACGCCUGCAAAUUCUCCACACUCAACUUCCUGGCGUAACUCGUUAACAUUGUGUUCAAAAUAUUGUAGAAUUCGGAUGAGGGAAGGACUUAUCCAGCCGUCGUAAUCGUUGUAAAAGAUCAGAAUAGAUGAGUACGUAAUCUUAGCUUCGUACAGAGACGAAAUUGAAAACAAAAGUCCCCAGAAAAGGACUGGAAUUAGCAUGAAAACAUUCAAUAUUGGCCAAACGUAAGUGCAAUAUGAAAAGACAGCUGUUAAUACACAUCUACGGCAAAAGGAUACUACGAGACCGUUUUCUUCCCAAAUAAUUCUAAAGAGAACAAAAGAUGGCGACAUCCUGCUUUCCUCCAGCUUGUAGUAUUUGGGAUAUUUUAAGUCGAACUCAGUACGAGACAACAACACGAUUAGCAACCACAACAAAUAAAACCAGGAGAAAGAAACCAUCAUUACGGAUAUAACAUCCCAAGGAACACUACUCUCGUAAAGAAAUGAUUUUGGUUCGGAGCAGCCAUCAUUGAAUUUCGUCGAAUUUAAUUUUGUAAUCUUACAGCAAGUUCGUUUUACUUCUCCUGAUGAAAUUUCCUUAUAAGAAGAGCAAACUUCGUAGUUUGUUGCCAGGUUUAUGCUGCGGAUUAUAUUCUGCGUAUUCUCCAAUGCAAAAUUUGUUACAUUUUCUUUCCUUUUAAUGCAAUCGUUUUGAUUUUCUUUGAAAUGUAAUUCAAAGUUUCGUAUACCAGCAUUCAAAGUCCAUGUAACAUAUCUGAAAUCCGGUCUGUCAAGAGUGUAAAGAAUUUCUCGACCGAUGGGAUUCAUUAAUGAAACAUGAAAAUCCGAUAAGAGAUGUUUGUCUGGACUAGUACCAGAGAAGGAGACAUGAAUCUCUACUACAUUAACAACAUUACUGUUAAAAAGUUCAACAAUCCGCGAGAUUUCGCUCUCUGUCAUCUCCAAAACGCAAUCUUUGGUAGCAGGAAUCGUCGUGGACGGCAAUGCAGACACCGUAGUGCUGAUGUUUAGUUUAUCGCCGUCAUCAAAUGUGUCGUUGUUGGAAUGUGCAGACACGACGAAUGAUAUUAACCCACAGUAGAAAAUCAAUAAGAACAUUGAUUUCAAUCAACUUUCUUCACAAUCAAGGCCAUAAUCAGAUUGAGUAAAGCCAGCAGAAAGCACCUAUGUCAUCGACCAGUUAGUUGAGACGUUUCAUAUGAACAGUUUUGAUAGAAAAAUGUACUUAUAGGUGUUCAAGUCUUUUGUUUUCAAAUUAAGUUAGACCCACAACUGAGAGAUGAGCAUCACCAUCUGAGCGUAAAAACAGAGAAUAUUUAAUCAUUAGUUUCAAUAUAAAUGUCCUAAUAUACGCUUAUUAAUCAAAUUAGUAUAACACUUAAAUAUAGUUUAAACGUUAGCUUUACAGAAAUUUCAUACAUAGUGAACACAAAGGAAUAUUUUUGCUGUCAGCUCAUAAUAGCAUGGUGCAAGAGAAUGCAUGCUUGAGUACCUUUGUAAUUGUUGCCUAUUCUGUUAGCAUCUAUAUUUUUUCAAUAUAGACUGAUCCGCUUUUAUCACGUUUUUGCAAUGAAAAAUGUCUAAAUAGCACUCGUUAUAUAUGUGUGUUCGCUUGUCCCAGUUGUUGUGACAAGUCUGGAACAAGUUGUUAUCAUCUUGUUACAAGGUUGAUGACGGUAACAGACUUGCUACAAGUUGUUCCAACAAGACUAAUACAGGCUGUUCGUAACAAGUUGCCUCGAGCUUGUUCUCAUCAACUUGUGAACAACUUGUUACGUGCAGACGAUAUCAGACUUGUUGGAACAACUUGUUGCGAGUCUGUUGGCCUCAUCAACCUUGUUACAAGAUGAUAACAACUUGUUCCAGACUUGUCAACAACUGGGAACAAACAGUGCGAACACACCUUGUAGACAGCUGAGAGAUUUUUAUGUGUGUACUAGGGGUACAAUGUUGGGAAAUAUAAUUGUUUCGUUAGAAAGGCGAGGGGCUGCUGCAUGAUGCAUUUCCAAUAAGGUAAAUUGCUAUACUCUGCCCAAAUUAUCAUACAUAUUCCACAAGACUAUAGUUUGGUACAUAAUUUUCUAAGGAAAGCACAGCCACAGGAUAUAUGCUAAUAUGCAAGAAUGUAAGCCGGCAAAUAAUCAUUUCACUUGAAAGGACAAAUGUCUGGCCAAGACAAACAUAGGUCCACUGUGGCGGACAUGCAUCUACUGAAUAGAAUAGUAGCACUGGGAAAUAAAAGGCAUUGAGCAGAUAAAAGCAUAGAUGUGCACUCUGACCUUUGGAAUUGAUUUCUGGCAUUUCCAGAAUCAUAGCACAACGUGACAAACGUCGCAUUGUUGACGUAUGUUUGCAAAUGUUAAAAGUUUUGGUUCAAGAAGAGUAACAUAUUUUCAGGCAGUUGCUUAACCUGAAGCUGCUGAAAAUAACAAAUUUUUACGAAGGGGUUAGAAAGGCACAAAGCUUUUGUAGUAUAACAACAUAAAUCCAUCUCUAGAAAAUAAAGUUUUUCACGAAAUCAUCGCGCCUUAUAUCUCGUCCUGGCAAAGCGAUUUUUUUUUAUAUAUAUAUAUAUACGGACGCGAAUAUUGUAAACGACUUAAAAAACGACUCAUCUCAUGAGUUCAUUGGCGAAGUAAUUUUAAAAAUAAACGUUGUCUAAGCCGAGAAAAUCAGAGUUAAAGUUUAUGUAAAUGAACAUGAAUCUGUAUCACGACACGCUUAUGAUUUUUCUUUGUGUUUUCUUCAUGAAUUAUUAAUGAGUUUUUAAGGUUUGUUUAAUAGAACUGUUAACAAUUAAUGCAAUUUUUAUCAACAAAUACUUCAAUAUUUGUCGAAACAGCGAUUAGGUGGAUUCAAAAUAUGGCUUCAAAAUUAUGUAAGCAAAAUUCAUGAUAACAAUAAAGCGUGAGUUCAAAAUACCAACAAGAAGUAAAAAAAUAUUGUAUGGUUCUCAUUUGCCUAAUGCAAUAACAUCAGUGCAAAUAGUAAUGCAAAUCAGUUAAAACUCUUUGACGACAUAUCCCAAUCGCGUCGGCCUUGUGUUUUCAUAUCUUCGGUUCAGUGCAUGCUAUGAAGACAGAAAUACCACCAUUCGAUUCAGAAAUAAAAGAUUCAACUAAUUCCUCACUAUAGUUAUAGUAAUUAUCAACAUUGUAGCGAUUUAUGGGCCUUUGAAGUCAAACAUGAUCAUAUUGUGUCAAAUUACGCAAUUGUCUGAACAAAAAUAUAGACUGGCCAUACAUACCUUUCGCCGAAAAUAACUUCGGCCCCUUUGAACAUAUCGUCUUUGUAAUAGUCUUGUUCGAAUCCCCAUGAAAAACACUAUCCUAGAGUGUUAUUUGCUAGCCUGUAUCUUCAAAUCUGUAUCUUUUAUGCACUUGUCACUGGGAACCCCCCACCCCCACCCCGGAGACACAAGGGGACUUGAUGCGGUUAGACGGGGAUUUGAUCCUUUUUCUUGCCCCAGGAGGUGGGGGAUUUUUACAUUUUAGCAAAUCUUCUCAAGCAGCAGGCUGGUACCGAAUUCGCGACCGCAUUGCAAAAUGGCGACUUUUGGAGGUCAACUUGAAGGCUUUUAUUGUUUAAUAUGCAAAUGCAUUUAUAUGUUGCCUCUUUGUUCUGGUAUUUAUAUAUAUAUCUCAAACUAUCAUUUGCAUGUGUAAAAGUUUGGUCGUUUAAUUUUUGUUUUAAAACAGUUGAAGAAAAACGUUCUCUUGAUUCAUUUUUAUAUGAACAUUGGCAGAUUGCAUUUAUUUCCGCACAGAGGGGGUUGAGGACAACGGAAAAUCCAGGGGAGGGGUGUAAAAAAUUGCAUAAAUCAGGGGGUGGGGGUGAUUAGAGGCUAAAAUCCAGGGGAUGGUCUGCGAUUAAAGCCAUUUUCCAGGGGUGCCUAGCAGUGAAUUCCUAGGAAAUUCCAGGAAGGGGGUAUAUACACUGAAUUCCAGGGGGUCACAAUUUAGCUGGUAAAAAGAUGUCCUCAACCCCCCUGUGCCGAAAAUAGAUGCAAUCUGCCAUUGCUACUUUUAAGAUUUGUCGUCAAUAAAUGCUAUUGAAAAGUACUCAGUGGCGGUUUAGACGGGGUUAGACUUUAUGUUGGUCCCCAUGUUAUGGGGCAUUUUUGCAGAUUUUUUUCGCUUCGGGUCUAAUGCUCCAUGUAUGCUCGGGGGGGGUUGGGGGUUCCCAGUGACAAGUGCGUUAUCGAUAUAUUUCCAUUUUUUGUCCAAUUGUGAGCUCGAAGUGAGCUAAUCCCAACCGGAAAUACGACGAAAAACCGGCAAAACAAUGCGACGUUUCAAUCUCGUUCCCCGAGCCCGCGAUCCUCGGGAAGGAACGCGAGCACGCGAGGCUCCUGGCUAGGAUUGAACUACGCAUUACGAACUACACCAAUCAUUCCUAGGCCUCCCUGAAAUGGAUUAUCCCAGAGCCUCGCGUUCCUUCCCGAGGAUCGCAGGCUCGGGAGACGAGAUUGUGCGACGUUUGUAUUCGUAUGACCCUGCAUUGAGGCCAGAAAUGGUUCACAAGGUCAAAUUGCACCUACACGCGUGCGGUUGACGUCAUCCCGGCCACAGGAGCUUCUUAUUGGCCAAUUAUUGCGCAAUAUACGCGAGUGCGAGUAAAACCCGACAUCUUGAAAAAUUCAAAAUAAAUAUUUCUACUCGCCGUAUUCAAACGAAAUUUUGUACACGAAAGCGCUUGAAUACAAAGAGUAUUUUACACAUAUAGCCGUUCAGCAAAUGACGAAACGUUCAAGGGAUAUUAAAUAUUUUCUGGAUAUGAAAUUUAGAAUUUUUGGCCAAGCGGUGAGUAAAUAUAUGAUUGUUUCGGUUUGUGUAAUGUUUUGACGGCACUUGACCCCCCCCCCCGUUCGAAAGGUUAUUUUGUGAAGAUUUCAAUGGUGGCGGCUUUUAUUUAAAAGGGGGGUAAAUACUCGCCGAGAUAUUUACAAUAGAAAAAUUAAGUCGUAAUCUAAUACGAAACCGUACUGUCGUCAAAGAGUAAUAACGCAACUGAUUUGCAUUACUAACAAUGAGUGAUUUACAUUACUAACAUUACACCACAAAGCUUUUCGCGCGGAUUAUAUUUCGCGCACUACUAAAAUUUGCGCACCCAGCGCUGCGCGAAUUCUAGCACUGCGCGAAUUUUAAUACAAGUAAGGUAUACAAAAUUCAGUUGACAUGCUAUAUAUCAAUAUGUGCAGACAACAAUCCAAUCCACUCUGGGUUGCUCUGGGAAUCUUUAAUAUGAAGCCUGAUUUAACAACAUUCCGCAUUUGUUGUAAAACUAUAAACAUCUAGAAAUGGAACACUAUAACUCAUCGCCUUUGCACAUGGGAUAAUAUCAAUGGACAAAGUUGUAUUUGACCACUCCGUUAGCGGUUUAUUAUGUGCUGUAAGAAGCGCCGAUAACUCAUUAACGCACAUUUGUUUGCCUCUAGACGGAACACUGAAAAUUUCAGUGCCUUGAUGUAUAUUACCAGAUGUAUAUUACCAGAAAGAAAUAAAGUCAUACUUGCCUUUAUAUUUCAGAGAAUUUUCGUAAUUUUCAUCCAGAAUAUAUCUUAGUCGUAAUCACAUGGAAAUUCCACGAUGGAAUUCGACGUGAAGAUGCAUGCGCGCAUUAUACAACAUAUUUUUCGAUGACCCCCUCACAUUACAAACGAACUUCAACAAUACAUAACUCGCGCGGAAGACUGGGUCGAGUGGACUCCGGGGAAACCUAUGUUUCAUCUAUGUUUCAUUGAAAGUCAGUAGAUGCAAAAAUCAGUAGAUACAAAAACUGAUCGAAUAUUUGUCAGUGUUUCUCAGACAAUGGACGAAGUAAUAUUUUUCACAUUUUUUUUCAAAAUGAGCACGAUGUAUUUCGGCUGUUCAUGUUUAGUUCAUGUGUUGUGACCUCGAAAAGUGCUUAGAAAACGGUUCCUUUAACACGGCCAAACCGGUCAGAACGUUCAAAUUGUUGAAUGAAACACAAAACAUUUGGGCUUCGGACCUAUCUGACCGGAAAAUUUUGAUAACAUUUGAAUGAGGUCCAUUUUCGCUAGACAUUUGCGAAACAUAGACUGAGAUCUUUCCAUUGAUACAGAGAAAAAAAUUCGGGUCUGACCGGUCAGACCAUUAAAUGGAAAGCGCCCAAAGGCUUUGUUUACAUUUCGGUAUCCAAAAUAUUGAACUGAUUUUAUUGGACAACUAUUUAUAUUUUCAUGAUUUUAGAGUAUAAUAAAUUAAGAAGAGACAACAAUUAAUCUUUGCAAGAACAUAAAAUGAAAUAAAAACCUAAAUAAACUGUUUGUGAAUAAAAAGAGGGCUCCUUUGUGCACAUGCGCAGGUCGGACUGUACCGCAUCUUUAAGCAUGUUUUAGAUCUGAAAUAUUUUUCAGUACGGGAACUAACACUUUCAAGCACGCUGAGUUCAAAUCCGAAAAGUUCCCACUCCGUAGACCCGCAGUUUUCUCACAAUCUGCUAUUUUAUCUUCACUAAUAUCACAGCAAAAUUUUUCAUUAUUCAACCGGAUCGAUGACGAUACACGAUUAUGUCUGACUCAAAAGGACCAAUUUCUAUUAACCAUUCUUCCUUUUAACAAAAGACCGGCAGUUUGCUGGAAUAAUUUUGAGUUAUGCAAUCUUAUGCGUGUUGCAUAUAUAAAUAACAUCUUGUCUACAACUUUGAGAAGCACAGAUAAUUCCUUCUAAUAUCCUUAGUUCUGGAUCUAUCUCUAUAAAUUACAAGGACGUAAUUUCCUUUCCUUUGGGCUAUGUCUCUGGGCUGAGAAACAAUUGCUUACAUGCGAUGAAAAUGUUUUAUACAAUUUAAAUUUCCAACACAGUUUCUGAGAUGUAAUUCAAGAGAUAACUUAUCAUUGCAUUUGAAUUAUUACAUCAGUUGGUGUUAUACUGUGCAAUAAGCGAAUAUUAUUGGAAAGAGGGCUUCCAUAUACGUUGAAAUCACCAAAUAAACAGCUCAUGCACACAUUUCUCCACUUUGUCGUAAGUUUACAGAGCAUAUUUUAUACUUUGGGACUGAUCUUUGUCUCUGAUGUGAAUUCACAUUUAUUCUUAUAGUUUAAGAAUUAAGAUUAUUUAAGAUUGAUCCUGUCGUAUUAAGUGUUCUAUACCAGCAACCAAUCGACAAUAUUUAAUUUUAUAGCGUUGUCUUUGCCGUUACGUUGGCUUCGUGUUACUUUUGUUUUAAAUACUUUGAUCGCGUUAAAAGAGUUAUUUUUCAGGCCAGUGACUUAGCCAAAAGACUUUGCAUUAACGUCCUUGUGAUUUUAUAGAGAUAUCUCUAGAACUGAGGAUUUUAGAAAGCGUUAUUUGUACUUCCUCAAAGUUGUAGACAAGAUAUGUUGUUUACGUCCAGCACGCAUAAGAUUGCAUAACUCAAAAUGAUUUGAGCAAAACCGGUCUUUUGUUAAAAGGAAGAAUGAUUAAUAGAAAUUGGUCCUUUUGAGUGACAUAAUCGUGUAUCGUCAUCGAUCUGUGUCGUUGAACAAUGAAAAAUUUGUCGUGAAAUUAUUGAAGAUAAAAUAGCAUUUUGUGAGAAAACUGCGGGUCUACGGAGUGGGAACUUUUCGGAUUUGAAUUCAGCGUGCUUGAAAGUGAUAGUUCCCGUCAAAAUAUUUCAGAUCUAAGACAUGCUUAAUGAAAGUGAACGAUAUCGGGUCACAACACACGGACUAGUUGAUCUGCACUGCAAUCCAUCUAUAUAUCUACCAGUUCUAAUAAUAGACAGUUUAAGAUCUACGACGUCGACGUCAGCUAGGACGUCAGGGCUAUGCAGAGGACUUGGACUAGGAUGUCGUCCUGAUGUAGUCCCAGUCCUCUGCUUAGCCCUGACGUCCUAGCCGACGUCGUAGAUCUUAAACUAUCUAUUGUAAUACAUCAUUAAAUUAUAGUUCAGGUUAUACAUAACGUUAAUUUCUACCAGUGGUGGACACUUCACGAAAUAUUGGGGGGGGGGGGGCGAAAUUUAUGCAACAUGCAUGCAUUCAUGCCAAAGGGGACUAAGUUCUGUGAAUCCUUCAGCCAGAACAUGGGUAACUUGAUGAAAUGAAUAAAGAGUUGUGCCACUUGACUGACAUUAGGUUAGCGUUGUUGUUUAAUGUACAGUAUAACUAUCAAUUCUAAUCGUUUAAAAAAAAUUAUCAGUAGAGCUUUAAGGAAUCCUACACAGAGCAAAACAGAUUGUAUAAAAUACGUAUGUUGUGGAAUCAUUGACAUGCAUUCUACAGAAUCAUAUAUUGCUUGCUAUAUCGCUAACUUUAGCUUAAGUUUUAUUUAAUAGUCAUUAUUUAAUAUGAUAAUUACGUCAUAUGGCUGUGAUUGCAUGCUUGCCACUCGCUCCUAAACAAUGCUUGUGAAUUGUGAUGGUGUGCAUGGUCUUUCAAGCCGCAUUAUCAUUUGCAUGGUUACAGUCUACAGAGCUCAUAGAUAUCUUAUAUACACUAGAUGGGCAUCUUAUUUAGUAAAAUUGAAGCCAAGAAUAUUCCAGCGGUUACUUCCAUUUGAAUAGAUGGCGGCCAUGUUGGUCGUUCCCACUUGCUAAUAAACGCUUAAAAACAACAAUAACUUUCAUCAUUUGAAUAGUUUAAAAACGUAUUUGGAAUAGGGUUAACUUCAUGUUUAAGUUCCGUGUUUAAGAAAUAGAAAAUAUACGAAUCUUCUCAUUUCAUGAGAACGACCUGAGACUGCAAUCACGGCUUCAAUUUUUGAAUUGCAGAAUAAUUAGAUGCACUAUCUAGUGUAUAUAAGAUAUCUAUGACAGAGCUCAGUUGUGUUGCUAUUCGUCAAUCAAUAUACACUAGUUAUUAUAUGGCAAGCAUGCAUCACUCCCGGUAAAAUGGCGGACUGUGAUUGGCUGAGAAGCACUUUCAGCGGUCCAUUACGUAAAAACAAACGCAUGCAUUGCACAGCAUUUUAAAACAAAACUGCAAAACUAAUUGAAAAUUUGAAAAUUAUAGGCUAAUUUAAUUUGUUAUUAAUAGAAUAUAUGCGAAGGUUUUUAGUGGAAAAGAAGGAAUACAUUGGUAUUUUUUCUUCGACCAAAUGUGUAUCAUGUAUUUUAAAUAUAAUAAUAAACUUUUUAUUAACCUCGCUUGCUCGGUAUGUACAGAGAAAUAUCGGAUCUCUGUCUUUUUGUACAAACCUCGCCCUACGGGCUCGGUCUGUACAAAAAAGACCUCGGUCCGAUAUCUCGCGUUCGUUAAUAAGAAGGUAUUAAUUUGGACGACUUUAAGACUCCCUAUUUUAUCAACUCAGUCACCUAUUCAGAAUAAUUGUGAAAACUCUGAUUUGGAAAAAGGGCUUAAAGGGACAUUACUGGUACAAUGGUUUGGUUAAUGCAUGUAUGCCUUUUUAUCUUAUUUCUGUAGAUCGUGAAUCGUACGCGAGUGCUGUAUCCGGUCUUUUUAACAACAAGGCUGCGUGUUAUAUGAAGAUGGGGGACUGUAAACAAUGUGUGCUGGAGUGCAAUGAAUCAUUAAAGCUGGUUGACAGUAAUCUCAAGGCUUUGAUACGACGUGGGGCGGCUUAUGAGA